GGGUUUCUUCCUUUGUGCUAUUGCGUGCUUUUCACAAUUAAUAUUAACAUUUUACAUCGCCUUUCAUCAGAUCAGGUUGUCUCUCUCUUUUAUGUAUGUAGGUUAAGCAAUAUGGCUGAAUUGACUGCAGAAGCGCAGCUUGUUCAAAAUAAUUUAGAGAAUGUCGAUGGGUUCCAAAUGAUGCCCAAACAAGAUACUGCAUGCCUUCCUAACAUGCAGACGCAGCCCGAAGAAAUUGAAAGGAAAGCUCGGGUGGAUGCUGUUUGGGAGCAAAUGAACAAAGGAGUGUCUACGAGGACCCUGUACUCCAUAAUAAACAAGCCUACUUCAGCAUCAAAUAAAAUAUCCUCAAAAAAUUCGUCAAAACCAUCAUCUUCUAGUUGGAUGACAGUACUGGGUUUGUCUCAAAAGAAGACAUCAGAGCCUGGAAGAAGCACACCAGAGAAGUGCCUUAGGACUACUCAAAAGGACACUAGUGAGGAGUCAAAGAAGCUUGCUGCUGCUGCUCUCUUUGCAGUAAAGGAAGCUGCCACAGCUGCUGCCUCUGCAGGCCGGGGUAAAGUGAUUACUGAAGUACGAGAUUUUGCUGGUGAAGAUGUUGAAAUAAAGAAAUAUGUUGAUGCCAACUCUGCAGAAGCAUCUGAUAAAUGCAAAGGCCCAGCAGCACCUGCUUCUGCUGUUGAUAUUAUCCUUGAACAGAUAAAAAAGAAGCAGAAACUGAGUGUACUUGAUAAGACAAAGAAAGACUGGGAGGGAUUCAAGGGAGAAAAUAGAGGGAUGGAGGAAGAGCUGGAUGCUUACAAGAAGAGUUCCAAUCAGUAUCUAGACAGGGUUGGUUUCUUAGAGCGUGCUGAUUACCGAGAAUUUGAGCGGGAGAGAGAUGCUCGUCUUGCAAUGCAUGCAAAGAGGAAACCAGAAAGCAUGAGAGAAGACUACUGAGAACAUACUUCCAGGAGAUACUGGCACUUGGUCCUAUAAAAGAAGUUGUGGCAUCAGUGGCUUUUGGAGGCCGAUUCCUGUCUUAGAUUAUAAGUUUGUCCUAUCACUAGCAAAUAUUGCAGGGGUUUAAAAGGAGGUGUGUGUGUGUGUGUGUGUGUGUUUAUGGGCCUACAUGUUCAUGAAAGUGAUACCCAGUGACUACCUGAGACUCAUGCUUGGAAACCUGUUCUUGUAAUUUAAUCUAUUCCCUUUUCCCAAAAUUUCAUUCCAUAACAUUCUUUUACCCAACCCAUUCCACUAGUUCACUGGAAAAAAUAUUAGGGAGGUUAGACUAAAGAUCUGUCUCCCGAUGUCAGUUCCAUUUUAUUUUGACAGUAACGAAUAAGUCUGCAUUUCUUUGAGUCCAAGGACAGCUAAAGUGGAUUAAUCUUUGUAAUCAAAUCCAUAAGCAACCGUUAUCUGAAGAAUUCAUCUUCUAAUCAAAGCAUUCUCUGAAGAAUUAUCUCUAAA